GCUGAAGCCCUUUGACAAUAAUAUCACCUUAUAUACUCAACUCUAUUGGAAAUCCAUAAUACCUUCUUACGAAACCGGAACCAAACGAUAUCCGCAUACACUCAUAUAUACUAGUAGUAUCUACAAUAUGGACCCCCAAAUCGAUGUCGGCAAGCUCAACGACGCGGAUAAAAGAGAAGUCCAACAGUUCGUCGCAAUCGAGGCGCAGAAGGCAGCUUUCCAGUCAAGCGUCCACCAACUCACCGACAUGUGCUGGAAGAAAUGUAUCACGGGCAAAAUAUCCGGAGGAAACCUGGACCGCAACGAAGAAUCAUGCGCACAGAACUGCGUUGACCGAUGGAUGGACGCAAGUACCGCCGUGUUCAAGCAUCUAGACAAACUGAGAGGGAACUAGCCAUUGCUGCUUCUGCUGGUAGUGAUGGUGAAGCUAUGUCAUUUGAGCUGGGGUGCAGAAUUCAGUAGCCAUAUACCCGGAUGAAAAAAGAUGGUGGCUUCGCUCGCCUGGGGAAAAUCCUCCGAAUGAGUUUAUGUUGGAAUGUGAUGUGCAGAGAAAUGGCGACAUGGGGGACUGCCAUUGGGUUGAUUACUGCUUUCUCUUGUGAAUUGUACGAUAGAUAAUGGGAUGAUGAUCAAUUGGUUUAUAUUAACGUAUAUUUGACUUGGUGUCGAUACGUAUAUUAAAUAAAUGUCGAGCAAGUGCCGUAAUGUCAAUAUGUUUUCGACAUGAA